AUGUCGGAUGACGAUUCGAGGGCCAGCACCAGCUCCUCCUCGUCUUCGUCUUCCAACCAGCAAACCGAGAAAGAAGCAAACACCCCCAAGAAGAAGGAGAGCAAAGUCAGCAUGAGCAAAAACUCCAAACUCCUCUCCACCAGCGCCAAGAGGAUUCAGAAGGAGCUGGCGGACAUCACUCUAGACCCUCCGCCCAACUGCAGCGCUGGUCCCAAAGGCGACAACAUCUACGAGUGGAGGUCCACCAUCCUCGGGCCCCCGGGCUCCGUGUACGAGGGCGGCGUGUUCUUCCUCGAUAUCACAUUCACACCGGAGUACCCCUUCAAGCCUCCAAAGGUGACAUUUCGGACAAGAAUCUAUCACUGUAAUAUCAACAGUCAAGGCGUUAUUUGCUUGGACAUUUUGAAAGACAACUGGAGCCCAGCACUGACCAUCUCCAAAGUCCUCCUCUCCAUCUGCUCGCUUCUCACAGACUGCAACCCCGCCGACCCCUUGGUGGGCAGUAUUGCCACUCAGUAUAUGACCAACAGAGCAGAACAUGACAGAAUGGCCCGACAGUGGACCAAGCGAUACGCUACAUAA